AUCUGUGUAAGUCUAGUUUCUUGGUCUCCUCGCGUCCCCUUCCAGCCGCGGACCCCCAGCGAGGCGCGGCGGUUCUACACGGGCCGGCCGGUGCACCUGGACAAGAUCCUGAUGAGCAAAGUGAAGGUGCCGCACACGUUCGCCGUGCACUCCUACACGCGCCCCACCGUGUGCCAGUACUGCAAGAGGCUGCUCCGGGGCCUCUUCCGACAAGGGCUACAAUGCAAAGACUGCAAGUUCAACUGCCACAAGCGCUGUGCGUACAAAGUUCCCAACGACUGCCUGGGGGAGACCAUAGGAGACAUGUUGAGUCCCAGUGUGGACCACGAGGUGCCUAUGGACUACAGCAGUGAGUAUGCCGACUCAGACAAGUCUUCUCUGAUGGACGAUUCAGACGAGGCCUGCAGCAUCCCUGGCUCUUUCUCCCCCGAGAGCAGCCAGGAUGGGGUCGGCGGGGACCAGAGCGCUAACAUCCCGUUGAUGAGGGUGGUUCAGUCCAUGAGGCAGACCACCCGUCGCUCCAGCACAUCCAUCAAAGAGGGCUGGGUGGUGCACUACAGCAACAAGGACACACUGAGAAAGCGGCACUACUGGCGUCUGGACUGCAAGUGCAUCAUCUUGUUCCAGAACAACACCACCAACAAGUACUAUAAGGAGAUCCCUCUGUCUGAGAUUCUGGAGGUGCGCCCCGCAGGUGACUUCACCCUGGUCCCGCCGGGCACCAGCCCCCACUGCUUCGAGCUUGUCAUGGGCACCAUGCGCUACUUUGUAGGGGAGGACCCCAACGUCCACGUCCCUGCCCUGCCCCCCACCACCCCCCAGGCCUUCCCCCCCACACCCCCCUCCCCCAGCAACGUGGUGCCCAAUAGCGGCGUGGGGCGGGAAGUGGCCAAGGCGUGGGAGGGCGCCAUUCGCCAGGCCCUCAUGCCAGUCAUCUUCCAGGAUGCACCACCGGUAGAGGGACACACUCCUCACAGACAGGCUUCAGUCAGCAUCUCAGUGUCCAACAGUGUGAUCCAGGAGAACGUGGACAUUGGUAUGGUGUACCAGAUAUUUGCAGAUGAAAUCCUCGGCUCUGGCCAGUUUGGAGUGGUGUAUGGGGGGAAGCACAGGAAGACAGGGCGCGACGUGGCGGUGAAGGUGAUUGACAAGCUGCGCUUCCCCACCAAGCAGGAGAGCCAGCUGAGGAACGAGGUGGCCAUACUGCAGAGUCUACGUCACCUGGGCAUUGUGAACCUGGAGUGUAUGUUUGAGACUCCAGAGAAGGUGUUUGUGGUGAUGGAGAAGCUACAUGGAGACAUGUUGGAGAUGAUCCUGUCCAGUGAGAAAGGACGGCUCCCAGAGAGGCUCACCAAGUUCCUCAUCACACAGAUUCUGGCAGCUCUGAGGAACCUGCACUUUAAGAACAUCGUCCACUGUGAUCUGAAGCCUGAGAAUGUCCUGCUGGCCUCUGCCGAGCCCUUCCCCCAGGUGAAGCUGUGUGACUUUGGCUUUGCUCGUAUCAUUGGUGAGAAGUCGUUCAGGCGUUCGGUGGUGGGCACCCCGGCCUACCUGGCCCCAGAGGUGCUCCUCAACCAGGGCUAUAACCGCUCCCUGGACAUGUGGUCUGUAGGAGUCAUCAUGUACGUCAGCCUCAGUGGCACCUUCCCCUUCAACGAGGACGAGGACAUCAACGACCAGAUCCACAACGCUGCCUUCAUGUACCCACCCAACCCCUGGAAACAGAUCUCACCUGAUGCCACUGACCUGAUCAACAACCUGCUCCAGGUGAAGAUGAGGAAACGCUACAGCGUGGACAAGAGCCUUAGUCACUCCUAUCUACAGGACUACCAGACGUGGUUGGAUCUGAGGGAGCUGGAGACCAAGCUGGGUGAGCGCUACAUCACCCAUGAGAGCGACGACUGCCGCUGGCAGAUGUUUGCCCGCGAGCACACGCUCCCCUACCCGGCCCACCUGGUUCCCCCUCUGCCUGCGCCUGGCUCCGACGAUGAGGCCGGGGAGGACGCAGACAUGCAGGGGCUCACCGAGAGGGUCAGCAUACUCUGAGAACCUGGAGAACCAGCAGAACCAGGACCCACGAGGGCCCAAGGGACUCAAGACUGACCCAGGGAAGAGGAGGGGAGUGUGGGGAGCGAGUGGAGAGACAGAGGGGCUGGCUGGAUGGAUGGUUGGAGGUCUGGAGAGUGGGGAGGGUGAGGCUGGGAGGUUUAGCUGUAGAACAGCGCCUUCUAUAGACAUGAUCCCGCCCCUGUCCGUCUACUAAUGGUGUCCCACUCCUGCCCAAGCCUGUCCAAUCUCCAGACCCCAUCCUUGACCACUCUCUCUUCAACCCUAGAACUCUUUGAGUUUAACAGACUGCUCUUCUGUAUCCCACAAGGACAUACUGUAUCCAGUGGUCAGGGGAUGUGUAGAAUAUCGUUGCUGCAGUGUGCUCAUUCAGUCUAAACUGCAGUAUGGCAAAGGUCAGUUUGGAUGUGAGAGAGAGAGAGAUGGGGAGGGAGAGAGACAGACAAAAAAAACAUUAAGGACUCGAUCGAUCCACUAAUGCGUAACUUAUACCCACCCAUAAACAAAUCCUUAUGAACCGUUCCUUUUUAUUUUCAUUGAAUGUGAUGAGUGGAAUCGCCCUGCAUGUGCUGUCAGACCUGUUUGCUGCAGACCAGUCAUUUAGUGCCUGUGAAUGGUAGAUAAAAGGCUUAUAACUGUAGGCAGCAGAUCAGUGCUUGUGGGGUGUCAUGGUCUCAGAGGAAAUCUGUAGUUCAAAUGACAGCAAAGAAAACAACGCCAGAAAUGGAUGUAGUAAUACAGUGGCUUACGAAAGUAUUCACACCCCUUGACAUUUUUCCUAUUUUGUUGCCUUACAACCUGGAAUUAAAAUGAUUUUUUUUUUUGGGGGGGGGGGGGGGGGGGGUUGUAUAUAAUUUCAUUUACACAACAUGCCUACCACUUUGAAGAUGCAAAAUAUUUUUUAUUGUGGAACAAGAAAUAAUACAAAAAAACAGGACUUGAGCGUGCAUAACUUUUCACCCCACUAAAGUCAAUACUUUAUAGUGCCACCUUUUGCAGCAAUUACAGCUGCAAGUCUCUUGGAGUAUGUCUCUAUAAGCUUGGCACAUGUAGCCGCUGGGAUUUUUGCCCAUUCUUCAAGGCAAAACUGCUCCAGCUCCUUCAAGUUGGAUGGGUUCCGCUGGUGUACAGCAAUCUUUAAGUUAUACCACAGAUUCUCAAUUGGAUUGAGGUCUGGGCUUUGACGAGGCCAUUCCAAGACAUUUAAAUGUUCCCCUUAAACCACUUGAGUGUUGCUUUAGCAGUAUGCUUAGGGUCAUUGUCCUGCUGGAAGGUCAACCUCCGUCCCAGUCUCAUAUCUCUGGAAGACUGAAACCGGUUUCCCUCAAGAAUUUCCCUGUAUUUAGCUCCAUCCAUCAUUCCUUCAAUUCUGACUAGUUUCCCAGUCCCUGCCGUUGAAAAACAUCCACGCAGCAUGAUGCUGCCACCACCAUGCUUCACUGUGGGGAUGGUAUUCUCGGGGUGAUGAGGUGUUGGGUUUGUGCCAGACAUAGCGCUUUCCUUGAUGGUCAAAAAGCAAAAUCUGACCAGAGUAUCUUCUCCCAUACGCCUUUUGGCAAACACCAAAUGCGUUUGCUUAUUUUUUUCUUUAAGCAAUGGCUUUUUUUCUGGCCACUCUUCCAUAAAGCCCAGCUCUGUGGAGUGUACGGCUUAAAGUGGUCCAAUGGACCGAUACUCCAAUCCCCGCUGUGGAGCUUAGCAGCUCCUUCAGAGUUAUCUUUGGUCUCUUUGUUGCCUCUGAUUAAUGCCCUCCUUGCCUGGUCUGUGAGUUUUGGUGGAUGUCCCUCUCUUGGCAGGUUUGUUGUGGUGCCAUAUUCUUUCCAUUUUUUAAUAAUGGGUUUAAUGGUGCUCUGUGGGAUGCUCAAAGUUUCUGAUCUUUUUUUAUAACCCAACCCUGAUCUGUACGUCUCCACAACUUUGUCCCUGACCUGUUUGGAGAGCUCCUUGGUCUUCAUGGUGCCGCUUGCUUGGUGGUGCCCCUUGCUUAGUGGUGUUGCAGACUCUGGGGCCUUUCAGAACAGGUACUGAGAUCAUGUAACAGAUCAUGUGACACUUAGAUUGCACACAGGUGGCCUUUAUUUAACUAAUUAUGUGACUUCUGAAGGAAAUUGGUUGCACCAGAUCUUAUUUAGGGGCUCCGUUGCAAAGGGGGUGAAUACCUAUGCACACACAGCUUUUCUGUUUUUGUUUUUUCACUUCACCAAUUUGGACUAUUUUGUGUAUGUCCAUUACAUGAAAUCCAAAUAAAAAUCUACUUUAAUUACAGGUUGUAAUGCAACAAAAUAGGAAAAAUGCACGGAACUGUCCUGGUUGGUGCAACGCCAUUAUUGAUGAUGACUUAUUAGGGAAGACUAGAGACUGCUCGUCAUCGGAAGUACUAAAUCACAAGCCAUGGUGGUUCGAGUGGGUCCUAGACCUGUAGACAUACACUGCUAUGAUGGAGGCAAUGUGGACGUUUUCUGAAUUGUUUGUCAUGGACACCAAUAAACACCAAUGGGGGGGGGGGGAUGCUAUUGCUCUUUUAGAUACAGUAGAAAGGCAACAAACGGCCCAUCUUUGGAGUCAAUGUUAAAGUGUGGGAGGAGGGCUAUGAUAUUGAUGACUGACUAUGAACCUAGCGUGUCAACAAGUUGCAUGUCCAUGUGAAGUAGAUUUGUCUAGGAGAAAAGCAUAGUUAUGAAGGACUAUUAAUGUACACGUAUAACCAUGUCUUUAUGUAGUGUGACCGACGUAUGCCUUGCGAAUGUAAACCUAUCGAAGAUCCCGGCAUUUAUAUGUAACAUCAGUACAAACCUUGACAUAC